AUGAGACGGAAAGACGGCGGCUAUUACCAAGAGCCCGGGUACCAUGGUUUCCGGGCUGCCAUCCAACGCCAAUUGACAAGCCACGGCCGACAAUUCAACGUACACACUGACGUUGAGUUCCAGAAAUUGAAUGAUGUUCUGGAUGGUGUUCUUAAAAAGAACAAACGUGAAGGCCAUAGCAAUCCUGUCCAGCACAAAGAUCCCAUCAAAGACAUUGAUAUUGACAAGAUAUCUUACUUCUUUGACAGAAGCAAAACGGCAGAGAAUCUGACCAGACAUGUUUGGUUUUUCAUCACACUUCAUCUUGGCCUCCGUGGUCGCGAGGUGCAACGGAAGAUCACAAAGACCGAUGUUGAAUUCGGCACUGAUGGCCAUGGCGAGUUUGCUCGCCUCUCCGCGGACUUCGCUACAAAAAACUACCAAGGCGGGCGCGGAUCUGCUCGUCGCGACGCCGGUGCGGGAAAAAUCACGGACCGAGGUCAACUGCUGUCGUUGCGAGUGAUGAUGACACACCUGCACCCAGACUGUCCUGCUCUGUUUCAGAGAGCGAAGCAGAAUUAUGCCACCAAAGACAAAGUGUGGUUCUGCAACUCGCCACUGGGCAAGACCACUCUCGGCAACAUGAUGCCCGAGAUUUCGAAGGCCGCCCAGCUGACACAAAUCUACACGAACCACUAUCUACGCGCUACUGUUGUGUCGAUGUUGUCUGGUGAGGGUAUUGAGCAACACCAAAUAAUGGCAUUGACUGGUCAUCGGAACUCCAACAGCCUGACAUCGUAUACGCGGCCGACAACCGCACAGAAAAGAACUAUGUCGGACAUAUUAGAUGGCAAGAAGAGACCCGAAGCAGCGCACAGCAGCACAGCAAAGGCCGAGAUCGCACAGCCUGAGUCCGUGCGCUUAACUGAUGUGUUCCGUGGAUUCACAGAUAUGGAGAUCGACCUGCUGUUUAGGGUCUGGGACAACACAUCGACACCCAGUGUUACACCAGCUCCCAAGACAGCCACAGGGUGCAGCUCCUCUGCCUGCAACCAGCAGCAUUAG